AUGAAUCUCCUCUUGCUUCUCUUUACAGCUGUCCUCCACCUAGGGACAGCCUUAGAAGCACCCCCAUCAUCCAAUUCUCUCACCAACAAAAUCCACCACCUCAGAUCCCAACGCCGCUCCAAGCCCCUCCAAAAUAUUGAGACAAUCCCCCUCCCCCUCCUCGCGGUAACCGACAAUAUCACCCCCGAAUUUCAAGGGAAGUACUACAGCACCAACUGGGCCGGUGCUGUGAUUAAGAACCCACCCCCCAGCGCAACUUACACUUACAUCUCUGCAACCAUUGCCGUCCCAACCCCAACCCCAACCGACAAUAGCACAUACCAGGCUGCACCCGCAUGGGUUGGCAUUGACGGCGCCACCCACAUUGCUGCGAUUCCGCAAACAGGCGUGGAUCUGUAUGUGGUUGAUGGAAAACCGUACACUGAUGCCUGGUAUGAGUGGUAUCCAAACAUUGCGCUGUACUAUGAUGAGUUUGAGGUCAACCCAGGAGAUGUAAUUGUUACUUCUGUUAAUGUGACAGCGUCAAAUCGUGGCGUCUGCAUGGUUGAGAAUCGAAAUACCGGAGAGAUAGUGUCUAAGACGCUUUUAGCGCCGAAAAGUACAGCGACGUUAGCGGGGAUGAAUGCAGAAUGGGUGGUGGAGGAUUUUCAUUCUGGGGGUAAUCCGGUGCCGUUUGUGAAAUUUGAUCGUGUCUGGUUUGAGGGAUGUGCCACCUAUGCGGACGGAGAUAAGUAUGGGCUGGGAAAUGCUACGGUCUAUGAGUUGAUGCAGGAUAAUGUGAUGAUUGCUGAUGUUAGAGUCGUGGAUGCAGACAAGAUGGUUGUGACGCACUUCGCAGCAUAA